AUGCCUGUCAAGAUCUAUAGAUCUUCAAUUCCCGACAUCAAGCCACUUGAUAUCGACCUUGUGAAGUUCGUCUUCUCAAAUCCAAACAAUGCACCAGAAAAUCGACCUCUUUAUGUGGAUGCGGUAACUGGAGCCGUUCGCACAUUUGCCGAUGUUAAGCAGAGAACCAAGUCUCUUGCGCAUGCUCUCCGUGAGCAAGGAGUCAGGCCCAAAGAUAUUGUGGCGUUCUUCAGUCCAAAUAGUAUCGACUAUGCCAUUACAUGCUAUGGCAUACUCGGGGCGGGGGCAACGGUCUCUCCAGUGAGCGCGGCGUACACCCCGAUCGAACUACAGGCGCAGCUCGAGACCUCUUCUGCCAAAGUCUUAAUCGCGCAUUCGUCAUUGAUCGAUGUGGCUGAAAAGGCUCUCAAGUCAUUACCACAAGUUCGACUUAUCCAGGCAGAUGGUGAUCGUGAUCGACAUGGGAAACCGACGGCAGAAUCUCUCGCGGUCACCAGCCCUGCCACAGAUCUUGUCAGUAUUGAGGCCACUGAAUCAGGCGAACGCCUGAGUUUCAUGUGCUUUUCGUCGGGAACAACGGGUCGUGCCAAAGGUGUGAUGACCACGCAUAGAAACAUGGUCUCCAACAUGCAGCAAUGGAGGGCGCAUUUUGCUGAGGAUGCAGGUGGUAACGCGACGACCGUGACUUUCCUCCCUCUAAGCCACAUAUAUGGUCUGACAAAUUAUAUCUGCGUGAGUGUAUACUUUGGUAACACUGUGGUCGUGUUGCCUCGGUUUGAACCGGUCCUGUAUCUCGAAAAUCUGCAGAAAUACAAACCUGAGAUGAUCGUGGUGGUACCUCCAGUCAUGUUGCUCUUGGCCAAGCAUCCGUUAGUGGAGAAGUACGACCUGAGCAGUAUAAGGAGGAUCAUGUCUGCCGCUGCGCCAUUGAGCGUGGAAUUGCGGGAAGAAGUCGAACACCGGUUCAAGAAACUUUACGGAACAACGGUGUAUGGUCUACAAGCCUGGGGCAUGACAGAGACCAGUCCACUAGGAUCAGUCGUGACUAUCGCGCGGGCCGAUAAACGGCACACUGUCGGCAACAUUACACCGAACAUGGAAUUCAGAGUUGUCGACCCCGAGACCAUGAAAGAUGUCGGUACUGAUGCAGAUGGCACUUCCAAGCAAGGAGAGCUAUGGUGUCGAGGUCCGAAUGUCACCAUAGGUUAUUAUCGCAAUAAAGAGGCGACGGAAAAUGGAUUCGCACGAGACGAGAAUGGGACAUUAUGGUUCCGCACAGGUGACAUAGGAACAAUCGACAGCGAAGGAUUUCUGUCCAUCGUCGACCGGAUAAAGGAAUUGAUCAAGUACAAGGGACUGCAAGUCAUACCUUCUGAACUUGAAGGGAAGCUACUGGAGCACCCUGAUAUCGCCGAUGCGUGUGUCGUUGGUCAUUGGGUCGAGGAGCAAGCGACAGAACUUCCUGUUGGCUUCAUUGUGGUCAAGGACAGUGCCAAGGCCAAGGGUGACAAGGCGACUGUCGACGGUGUUAAUCAAUGGCUGAAUGCCAGGAUUGCAAAUCACAAGAAAUUGAGGGGCGGACUGUACGUUGUCGAUGCGAUACCGAAGAGCCCCAGUGGAAAGAUCCUGCGGAGGCAAUUGAAGGACUCGUUGAAGGCGAAGUCGGCGGGCAAAGGAUCGAAGUUAUGA